GGCGGAGCCAGGGUUGCGGUAGCCUGUGAACGCCUCUCUGGAGUUGGCAGAGCGGAGCCGGCCUCAGAGCCCAAGCGGUCCCACACUCCAACUCGGGUCUGCUGAGAUGCCCAUCAUGGUAGAUGACAUCAUGCAGCUUCUAUGCUCCAUUUCCCAGGAGAGGAGGAUGAAGGCAGCCGUCAAGCACUCCGGGAGGGGUGCUGUGGUUGUGGGGGCAAUGGCCUUUGUCGGUGGCUUGGUUGGUGGCCCACCAGGAUUAGCUGUUGGGGGGACCGUCGGGAGCCUGUUAGGUGCCUGGAUGACGAGUGGACAGUUCAAGCCUGUUCCUCAGAUCUUAAUGGAGCUGCCCCCUGCCGAACAGCAGAAACUGGUUAACGAAGCCACCGCCAUCAUCAGGAACUUGGACUGGACAGACGCUGUGCAGCUGACCGCUCUGGUCAUGAGCAACCAGGCCAUGCAGCAGAAGCUCUUGGCCAUGCUAACAACCUAUGUCACCAAAGAGCUGCAGGCUGAGAUCCGCUAUGAUGACUAGGUCACUCCCCCUGGCGAAUGGGGCUUUCAUUGUAGACAAGUCUAUGGAUCUCCGAAGGUGACCAGGGAAUGGGGGAGGCCUGACAGGUACUUCUGGGAAACUUGUAUAUGACCAGCGUUGAUUGUAAGCUGCCGUGCUAGUACAUCCUGUUGGACUGUCCUGCUGGAGAGGCCUCGGCCAUGCAUCUUGGGCUGUGCGUGCUAUGGAAAGGUACAGGCAUGCCUGCUGUAGGCAUUCACACACAGCUUGGCAUCCUCCCGAUCACAUGGGUCUAAAAGACGUUCUCAUGUUGUCGGCUGGACGACUGUACCGGAUGCUCCUCUUCCUGUGAAAAGCGUACCUCCAGGUACCUGUCACAGGACUGGAUCCCCUUAGGCUUGGGGUCUUGGGGUUCAGAGCCAGCUCCUGUCAGGAUUGUGCUUAUCUGCUGAGUGGUUCCCCUCCUAGGCCAGGGACUCUCCAGUGGUCUCAUGAUGAUAGUGGUCCCUCCUUUGGGGGAAGCCACAGAUGCCAGGUAGUCUCUAUGCUCUGCUACGGGCUAUACCCUAGGCUCUUGGGUAACACUAGUUAAACUUCUAGGAUCUUCUGCCUCCUUGAGAAAAAUCAUGGCACUUCUUUAUCUUUUAUUUUUCGUGUCAAUUCUGGACUCUUUGUUCUCUACACUUUUGUAGCCUAAAUUAAUUGAGCUUCAUUUUCUUUUUCUUCUUACUAUGUUUCCCGGGCUAGCCUUGAAGUCCUGGGCUCAAGGGAUCUUGCUACAUAGCUAGGACUGUAGGCUUGUACCACCAUACCUAGCUUUACCUCAAAGACUGUUCUCCGCUCCACUUUUCCUAAGUCCUCCCAUGUUCUCCUCUCUGCUGGCUGCAAUCUACCAUUAAUUUGUGUGAAAAGACCAAAUUACCAAUGAAUCGAGUUCAAAGAUCGUAACAUAGUUGGGUGUUGUGAUACAUACCCAUACCCACAGUCCCAGACAAUUGAAAAGCCGAAGGGGGAACCUCACUGGGCCCAGGUAUUCAAGGCCAACGGGACAUUGCGGAAGCCGAAGAUAGGGGAGACACAACACACUUUCUUAGUUGGCUUUUAUUUGCAGUUACAGAAUCAAGAGGCAGCGAGUGUUCUGAUGAGAUGGAAAGAGAGGGUAGACAGGGGAGACCAAGGGAAACAAGAGCACUAGGUCAGCCUCCCAUGACACUGGCUGUUUAUGGAUCGGGCUAGGCUGUCCUCCAUUUCCCUAAGUGACAGUGGCUCAAAUCUGACAAGUAGCUUGCUUGUUUGUUUGUUUGUUUUCCUUGUGGUGUUGUGGAUGGGAUCCAGGGCCCUGAAUAAGCUAAGUGCCACCACUGAGCCCUGCUCCACGUCUUCCUCUCUGGGUAGAUCCUAGGCAGGUUCUCUGAGUAACCUGGGAAUGUGCUGCUUACAGCAGAGCCUGGUCCCAGCCCUUGAGUGACUCAGCUUUGGUCUAGUCAGUUGGUGGACUAGUGCUGGAGCUCAACCAGUAACAUUGGAUGCAUUGAUUAAGUAUUUGAUACUUCCUUCUUAUCCCCUGUUGGAGAUACUCACUCAUGGAGGGCAGGAACUGUAUGUCUUGGUCACCUCUCCUAUCUUCAGCUUGCUCCUGCCUAGCACCAUGGCUUUUAUGUGGUAGACACUCAAUAAAUCUAUAUUUUUAAAGCUA